AUGAGCUCCGAAUUUACUGGAGAAACAGAAGAAAUUAAGGAUGACGAUGAAGAUGAGAUGAAGGACAAAGAUGAAGAUGAUGACGACAAUGAAGAAGGGUUCUCAGUGCUGUCAGAUCUGCCUGUUGAGAUCAGUGAGAGACGCCCAACUUGCCACACGUGCUGUCGUCCAAUUAAGGUGUGUCUAUGCCCGUAUCUACCGGCCCAUCCUCUCGACGUCUCCACGUCUCUUUACAUCGUCCAGCAUCCAGCUGAGGAAAGUCGGGUCCUCCGUACGGUUCCACUCUUGGUGGCGUGUCUCCCUCCGGGAAAAUGCAAGGUCUUUAUUGGAAGGCGAUUUACUGAAGAGAGAUAUCCCGAGCUGGCGGCCGUGUGUAAGGACGCGCACACUCUGCUUCUGUAUCCCGGCGCAUCCGCGGAAAAUCUAGAGGAUCUUGCUUCAGAUUUUACUCUAAUGGCCCACAAUGUCAUUCUGAUCGAUGGUACUUGGAGUCAAGCGAAGGACAUGUUCCUCCGCAACUCUCUCUUCAGGCUGCCCAAACAGGUACAGCUCCGCAGCACCUCCUCUAGUCAGUAUGUAAUCCGCACCCAGCCCACCAACAUGUGUGUGUCCACGCUUGAGUGUGCUGCCGUCACGCUCUCCAUAAUGGAGAAGAACCAACACAUCCAGGAGGUUCUUCUCAAGCCUCUUCAGGCUCUUUGUUCUUUCCAGCUUCAGCAUGGCGCUCAGGUCCACCACAGUAAAGAACAUCUUAUCAAAAAUGGGCAGUACAACAAAAUUCUGCCCCAAAACAAGCGCAAGAUUCGCAGGAUGCAGAAACUCAUCGGCAACCAAAACAUCUGAGCCUUUUUUAUGAAACUACAACUUAUUUUCUAUAGGAAACAAUGCUUUCUGUUAUUUAGUUUUAACCUGAGAUUGACAGCUUAUGUUCACAUGUAGGGGUUUGAUUUUUAGACAAGCAAUAUUAACAUUUGGAUGAAGUUUCCUCUGUUAAUCAAUGAUUGUUAUUUCAUUUGUGUUUGUAAAAUUAAAGAGAAUGUGUAUUGGUUA